AGACCAUCUACCUCAAAACGAUUUUAGCCUAAGAUAUAUCAAAAAUUAUCCCGAAUCCUCGCAACAAUGGGGGACGAAGGUUAUCGUGGAUGGAUUAAACUCGAAAUUCCCUGUUCUCUGCCAGAGCGGCAAAUGGGACCCAUAGUUAAAUGCCAUGUAGCAAAAUUAGAGCCAGCAUUGAAUGAAUACAACAUCAAGGUUUUGACAAAAGGACAGGUUCAGGUUGUCGAAGAGCAAGAUUGUGAGCCGUUUUAUGAAACAAAUUAUGAAGUUGCGACCAGCAGGUUUUCACAUGAUCUAAUUGCGGCGAUCCAGACAUAUUUAAAAGAUUUAUCAACGGAUCAUCUUAUGCCAUUCCAACGUGGAAAUCUCGUUCUUCACAGUUCCGAUUUUUGGUCUUCCGAAUUGACAUGUCAUUUGGUUGAUAUUCCGCUUGCCGCUGUUUUCUUUGGAAAUAUUCAAGGCGGAACAUUCAUUAAUCAUUGGGAAGUGUCUUUCUGGGAUGACGUUAGACGUCGGAAGUCGGCAAGAACGAGGAAUACUGAACCAACACAAGCCGAUAAAAUUGGAAUGAACCAAAUCAAAGUGGAGUUCGAAUUCGAUAAAAUUGAUUUUAUGACAGUUCACUUCAAGCACUUUGAAAAUGAUUUUGAGGUUGCUGAUAAAGAUGCGAAGAGGACCAAACAAACAGUUACCAUGUAUUACCAGAUUACAGUUAGGAGAACUUCUAUUCGUCGGAUUAUUGUUGAUCCUGUCGUUCAAGAUUGUAAUGGUUCGGAUCGGAUUCGUGUACAUUUCGAACUUAAUUGUCCUGUUCUCAUUAGAAGAGCCUACCGAACGGCAAAACAGGAAUCGGAAAAUCGGCACUCCGUCCCACAUUAUCGAAGAUAUUUGGUGAUCAAUCGUGGACGAAGCGCGAAUCAGUAUCCAACAGCUAAAGCAAUAACGGAUAGUCCUGUGUUCACAAUCGAGUUUGAUCAAUCUGUUGGGCUCAAUGAAAUCUACCGCUUACUUUCAAGACUUCGCAUCCGUACUGGAGUUUCCAUUGAAUUCGCGGACAUUCCUUCGAUUGACUGUCUCAUUUGGAGAGAGAAUCCUUAUAACCGUUGGACAUUCCUAAAUAAUCAACAUCUGUCGCCCACUCAUUUCUCUGCGCCUAUUUACAGAGAUUUCAUCACGACCGCAUUUCCAAAGAAACAUGAAGUAUGUGGCUCUCGAGAAGUUGACACCAACAGGGAAAGAAAAUUCGCCAUCACUUAUCUCCUGGAAUGUCUGAUUUCGAGAGGAGCAGUGGUUAAGGAUCAAAUUUUGCUUGAUGAAGGAAUAUGGCACCGAUUCCUUGAAGUGAUUCUCCACUACUACACGAAAGAUGACAAACUUUGUGAGGCCGGACUUGAGGAUUUGGUUCACAUGAUCGAUGGUAGAAAACGAAUUGGAUCAUUGAUCAAGUGUUUCGAUAGAAUUUGUCAAACGAGACAGAGAAACAGUCUGGUUAAUGGAUUAACAACUGAAGAAAUGAGAGAGGGAUAUCAAAGAGUUCGAAAGAUUAUUUUCACACCGACUCGUGUUAUCUAUGUGGCACCGGAGACGUUGAUGGGAAAUCGAGUACUGCGACGAUACGACCAUGAUGGAACAAGAGUUCUAAGAAUCACUUUCCGAGAUGAUGAUAAUCAGAAAAUGCGAACGAAUAAAACUUCGACUAUGCUUGAAAAAACCGUCAAUCAAUAUCUCAAAAAUGGAAUUACUGUUGCUGGUCGUAAUUUCGGCUAUUUAGGAAGCUCGAACUCACAAAUGAGAGAUAACGGUGCUUACUUCAUGGAAAAAUAUUCAUCAUCACAGUGCAGAGAAUACGAACGGAUAUAUCAAAUCAAACCACCAAUCACUUUCAAUCCAAAGAUCCAAGCUGCUCGAAAGAAUUUGGGACGAUUCGAGACUAUUGACAACAUUCCAAAAAUGAUGGCUCGUCUUGGACAGUGUUUUACACAAAGCAGAUUGUCAGGAGUGAAUUUGGAAAGAUGCACGUAUAUGACAACGUACGAUUUGACUGGAGGAAAAAAUUUGAAAGGAGAUGAAUACACGUUUUCUGAUGGAGUUGGAAUGAUGAGUUAUCGAUUUGCUCAAAUGGUCUCAGAAGUUAUGGAUUUUGGAAAAGGUGUUCCCAGCUGCUUUCAGUUUCGUUUCCGUGGAAUGAAAGGAGUCAUCUCAAUCGAACCUCUUCUUGACAAUCUUCGCCAGUGGUCAAUUUCGUAUAAUAUCAGCAAACCGAGCGAUGACAGUUCGUGGAGCUUGAACUGUAUGUUUCGCCCAAGUCAAAUUAAAUUUAUUUCAAAGAGACACCCACGUGAUCAAGUGGAAAUCGUCAAGUACUCAUCGCCAGUUCCAGUGGCAUUAAACAAGCCAUUCAUCAAUAUUCUCGAUCAAGUUUCGGAAAUGCAAUCCUUGGAAUGUCAUCGAAGAGUAACAAAUCGAAUCGAAGAGUUACUGGACAGACAAAUGCUUUCUUUUGCCCAACAAAUGGUGGAUGAAACUUUUUGCAGAAAUCGACUGAAGGAGCUACCUCGUCGCGUAGAUAUUGACUACUUGAGAACAACAUGGGGAUUCACAUUGUCUAGCGAACCAUUUUUCCGAUCUCUUAUCAAAGCAUCGAUCAAGUUCUCAAUCACCAGACAACUCCGAAAAGAACAAAUUCCCAUUCCGUGUGAUCUCGGACGGUCAAUGCUUGGAGUCGUUGACGAGACUGGGCGUCUUCAAUAUGGUCAAAUCUUCGUACAGUAUACCAAAAAUCUGGCCCUGAAACUUCCACCCAAAAACGCUGCGCGACAAGUUCUUACAGGAACGGUUCUCUUGACCAAAAAUCCAUGCAUUGUUGCCGGAGAUGUUCGGAUUUUCGAGGCUGUCGAUAUUCCAGAACUUCAUCACAUGUGUGAUGUAGUAGUAUUCCCACAACAUGGACCGAGGCCUCAUCCUGAUGAAAUGGCUGGAUCUGAUUUGGAUGGAGAUGAAUAUUCUAUCAUUUGGGAUCAACAGUUGCUUCUGGACAAAAAUGAAGAUCCAUAUGAUUUCACUUCAGAGAAACAGAAGGCGAGCUUUAAAGAAGAUGAAAUCGAUGACUUGAUGCGUGAGUUCUAUGUCAAGUACUUGAAAUUGGAUUCCGUUGGACAAAUCUCGAAUAGUCAUCUUCACAAUUCUGACCAAUAUGGAUUAAACGCAAGAGUUUGCAUGGAUUUGGCGAAGAAAAAUUGUCAAGCUGUGGACUUCACUAAGUCUGGACAACCACCUGAUGAACUUGAAAGGAAAUGGAGAAAAGAUGAAGAAACUGGCGAAAUGAUUCCACCUGAAAGAGCUGAAAGAGUACCUGAUUAUCACAUGGGAAAUGACCAUACUCCAAUGUAUGUCAGUCCAAGAUUGUGUGGAAAACUGUUUCGCGAGUUCAAAGCAAUUGAUGAUGUACUCAAAAUUUCGGAAGAACGAGACGAGCAAGUGGAGAUUUCUAUAGAUGAAACUAUCAAAAUUGAUGGAUAUACGGAAUAUAUGGCUAGUGCAAAAAACGAUUUAGCAAGAUAUAAUGCUCAGUUGAGAUCAAUGAUGGAAAACUAUGGAAUCAAAACAGAAGGUGAAGUCUUCUCAGGAUGCAUUGUUGACAUGCGAAACAGAAUUUCGGAUAAGGAUCAAGAUGAUAUGUCAUUCUUCAACACAAACCAGAUGAUCGAGACGAAAUUGACAAAUUUGUUCAAGAAAUACCGAGAGAUAUUUUUUGAAGAAUUCGAAGGCGGCUGGGAAGGUAACACAGAAGCAUUCUCUCGUUACGGACGUGAUAGUAAUAUUCUUCAACGACAAUGUCGUGCUCCGACAGUGCAGAUGAUGAAAAAGGCCGUAGCUUGGUACAGAGCUUGCUAUGAGGAAGCUCGAAUAACUCGAGAAAACAAGAAAUUGUCGUUCGCUUGGCUCGCAUAUGACGUCAUCGCAAAAGUGAAACAAGACAAAAGUCUUACAAGUGACGAAGUUAAGAUGGGUGGAGCAAAUCCAUUGUACACAAUGCUUGACGACCACAGAUCUCAGUAUCUUGUCGAUAACUCGAGAAAAUUCGAAGCUUUUCGACAAUUUUCAACACCUAAAACUAGUGGAGAACAAGUGAAACGAGCUCAUAGAAUCAUCAAAAUGUACACAGAAACUUAUCCAGGAUUGGAUGCAGUCUUAUUCAUGUUAGACGAAUGGGCACGGAUUUCAAAUCUAUUUGAAAAUCAAUCACUUCGAGAAUAUCAUUUAUCACUGCUAUUUAUCCUGUUUGCUACAAGGCAAUUUUCUUCCGUUGAUGGAAAUGCUGCCAAGUUCUUCAAUAAGGUCGAUGAGAAAAGUUACAAGCAGAGUAAAACAAUUGGAGACUUUGAGCCCAGUUUAUAUAUUGAGGAAAAAGGAAAAAGUCAGAUGAUGGUGAAGUUUCUCGAAUUUUUGGCCUCGCGAAAGUUCCGAAAAAUGGCGAAUCUCUCAUUCUGUGCUCUUGAUUUCUCAUCAAUUUUCAUGCGAGGAGAAUGGCAAAUUUUCCAUUUGGCCGCACUCAAAACCUACUACAACGUGUUAUUCAAUUUACGAUUCGAAGAACUUCCUGUGUCAACUGAUCCAACAACUACAGUUCGUUCAAUAAUUCGAGAAAACGAACCGUUCGUGAUUGAAUUACCAGCCAAUUGUGAUCGUUCAUUGGUUCAUCGCAAGCUGGUAGAGCAUACUGGUGUAAAAGAGAUAUUCAUGCGAAACAUGGAGAAAUCAGUUCGCUCUUCGGAUGAUGUGCAAAAAAUCAAUAUGCGUCUUCUGGUUUCUACACGUGGAACUCUCGAGUCAAUGUACAAGUUGCGUCAACUGGUUGCUGUAAAAGUUCCCAUCAAAACGUACGUAACGGGACAAGAUGUGUCUACACAGAUGGCUCGAUUGUGCUAUGAAAAGAUUGUCAGAGGACACAUCAACAUCUAGAAUGUUUCUCUUAUUCGUUUUUAGCAGUGUUUUCAGAGAUUUUAAAUGUUUAAUAUGGUUUUCAUUUUAAAUUUUAUUUUUCUGUUUUUUUUUUGCAUGUUUUAAUUGGCAUGCUUAUUUCUGUUUCUUUUUCUCAUUAUAUUUUCCUGUUGUUUCUUUUGCUGAUUGAUUGAAAUGGAUAGGUUUCUCCUUCUUUUCAUCGUUUUCAGCGUUUCGGUUAUCUGUUUCAAUGAAUUGUCUGUUUUAUUACGAAUCCGAUAUUUGUAUUUUAUUUGUUAUAUGCGUUUUUUCGUACAUGAUUUUCCUAUUGGAUAGAAUAUAGCCAG